UCUUUUUGUAGCACUGUUCCUCUUCUGCAACAGAGCUGCUCAGGACAAGACAUUGGAGAGGUGUACAGAGAUCCGCUGGAAUCAUGAGAGGGCUUUUACUUGGUAAGAGAGUUUAAACAGCUUGUUCAGAUUUACUAGUAUUAUAUUUGUUUAAAGUUAAUGCCAUUCUAAAAAGAACAAAGCUAUUUCGCUAACGUUAGGUCAUGGUGGCCAUAAGAUGUGUCCAAAAUUGCUAGUUAGGAAACGUUCAUGCUAAUGAAUCAGAUUGUAUUUUGAUUCACUGUAGCAAUAUUAAUAAUUCGUGGCCGAGGCUAGUUAAGUAGUGAGAACGACAAGAUGGCUAAAAGACGACAAGCUAAAUUCAAACCUGAUGACUGAUGAAAUAGGUCCUGGAUUGUAACUAGUUAACUAGCUAAAUUGUCAUCUGGAGUUUGGCUUGAUGUGCCAACUUUUUAUAUUUUUUUCUGCUGGUAUGCAUAAUUUCAAGCUUCCAACACGGUCCUGGACAGUGUUUGUUUGCUUAUGCAAUAUGACAAUGUACACACACACCCCCAUCACACUCACCUCCUCCUUUCCUCCUCGUCUUUCCAACCAGGUGUGUUGGGUUGUUCCCUGUUCUUGAUGGCCCAGGGCUUCUACUCUGCUAACGAUGAUGUCGUUGAACUGAACCCCUCCAAUUUCAACCGGGAGGUUCUUCAGAGCAACAGCUUGUGGCUCAUCGAGUUUUAUGCUCCUUGGUGAGUGGUUGAAUCUGCUGGGGGCCCAAUGAGAGACUGAGAACUUACUCACAAUGGUGAAAUUGCCACCAAGUAGCUAGUGUUGUAUAAAAUCUCCUUAUCCCAAUAUUUGCUUAGACUCCACUCUGCUAAUGCAGAUCGAUAUAAGGCUGUGGGUAGUCUGGUGCUUGGAACAGGAAGACUAACUGUUUGUCUCCACAGGUGUGGACACUGCCAGAGCCUGACUGCUGACUGGAAGAAAACAGCCACAGCCUUGAAGGUAAACUAUAGAUCUGUUAUAACAGUGUUAUGUCACUUAUAUUACCAUAUUACACCAAUAUUAAUUCAACUUGAGCUGUUUUAUUAAAGCAUAAUGUCACUAGCAACAUAAAGUGCACAUUACUGCAGUGCACUCCACAUGCAGCCAUCACAUCUGUGCAGGACAAUUGGAUCACUCUAAGCAGUUGAUCACUAUAACUGCAUUCACAAUAAGCAGCUGCAUCUUUUAUUGGUACUGCUUGUCAUAGUGUCAUGGCCUGGGUUUAUAUCUUUCUAGCUUUCAGUACAAAACAAAUAAGAGAUCACCAGCACUCUAUGAGCUAUACUAAUGAUGGAUGCAAUGACUAUUUCUGGCAAUAGUAAUGAUGAUGGUGGUGACAUAGACUGCAACCUCUUGCUGUUCUCUCCCCCCUCAGGGCAUCGUUAAGGUCGGUGCGGUGGAUGCCGACCAGCACAAGUCCCUGGGCGGUCAGUACGGUGUCAGAGGCUUCCCCACCAUCAAGAUCUUUGGAGCCAAUAAGAACAAGCCCGACGAUUACCAAGGUAUGUCUAGUAGCUGGGCCUUUCCCUGACUUUAAAGUUAGACUCUUGCAAUAUGAAAUCAUAAAGAAAAUAGCCUCAUCCUCAGGCUCAAUUCCUACCACAUAUACAGUUGAAGUCGGAAGUUUACAUACACUUAGGUUGGAGUCAUUCAAUCUCGUUUUUCAACCACUCCACAAAUUUCUUUUUAACAAACUAUAGUUUUGGCAAGUCGGUUAGGAUAUCUACUUCGUGCAUGACACAAAUCAUUUUUCCAACAGAUUAUUUCACUUAUAAUUCACUGUAUCACAAUUCCAGUGGGUCAGAAGUUUACAUACACUAAGUUGACUCUGCCUUUAAACAGCUUGGAAAAUUCCAGAAAAUGAUGUCAUGGUUUUAGAAGCUUCUGAUAGGCUAAUUGACAUAAUUUGAGUCAAUUGGAGGUGUACCUGUGGAUGUAUUUCAAGGCCUACCUUCAAACCCAGUGCCUCUUUGCUUGACAUCAUGGGAAAAUCAAAAGAAAUCAGCCAAGACCUCAGAAAAAUAAUUGUAGACCUCCACAAGUCUGGUUCAUCCAUGGGAGCAAUAUCCAAACGGCUGAAGGUACAAAGUUCAUCUGUACAAACAAUAGUACGCAAGUAUAAACACCAUGAGACCACGCAGCCGUCAUACCGCUCAGGAAGGAGACACGUUCUGUCUCCUAGAGAUGAACGUACUUUUGUGCGUAAAGUGCAAAUCAAUCCCAGAACAACAGCAAAGGACCUUGUGAAGAUGCUGGAGGAAACAGGUACAAAAGUAUCUAUAUCCACAGUAAAACAAGUCCUUUAUCGACAUAACCUGAAAGGCAGCUCAUCAAGGAAGAAGCCACUGCUCCAAAACCGCCAUAAAAAAGCCAGACUACGGUUUGCAACUGCACAUGGGGACAAAGAUCGUACUUUUUGGAGAAAUGUCCUCUGGUCUGAUGAAACAAAAAUAUAACUUUUUGACCAUAAUGACCAUCGUUAUGUUUGGAGGAAAAGGGGGGCGGUUUGCAAGCCGAAGAACACCAUCCCAACCAUGAAGCACGGGGGUGGCAGCAUCAUGCUGUGGGAGUACUUUGCUGCAGGUGGGACUGAUGCACUUCACAAAAUAGAUGGCAUCAUGAGGAAGGAAAAUUAUUUGGAUAUAUUGAAGCAGCAUCUCAAGACAUCAGUCAGGAAGUUAAAGCUUGGUCGCAAAUGGGUCUUCCAAAUGGACAAUGACCCCAAGCAUACUUCCAAAGUUGUGGCAAAAUGGCUUAAGGACAACAAAGUCAAGGUAUUGGUGUGGCCAUCACAAAGCCCUGACCUCAAUCCUAUAGAACAUUUGUGGGCAGAACUGAAAAAGCUUGUGCGAGCAAGGAGGCCUACAAACUUGACUCAGUUACACCAGCUCUGUCAGGAGGAAUGGGCCAAAAUUCCCCCAACUUAUUGUGGCUACCCAAAAUGUUUGACCCAAGUCAAACAAUUUAAAGGCAAUGCUACCAAAUACUAAUUGAGUGUAUGUGAACUUCUGACCCACUGGGAAUGUGAUGAAAUAAAUAAAAGCUGAAAUAAAUCAUUCUCUCAAUACAUCAAUGUGUUGGGAUUGCUGGGCUUUAAUGGUGUUUAAUAAUCUCCCUCCCUCAGGUGCGCGUAGUAGCCAGGCCAUAGUGGACGGGGCCCUGAAUGCUCUCCGUACUCUGGUGAAGGACAGGAUGAGUGGCAGGUCGGGUGGCUCUGACUACAGCAAACAGGUAACUACUAAUGACGCCUCGGCUGGGUCAUGUUCAGUAUGGACAAAACGUUUAAAGUGAUAUAUGGAGGUACUACCAGUACUACCUGAUCAACAAGAACACUGGUUGUUAUUUUCCGUCACAAAACGUUUUGCUACGUUGUACCCUGUUGAACAUGAGUCCGGUGUCCUACAACAUACAUUUUGCCAGAUUUAGUAACGUGUUGAAAGAAUUGAAAAAUAUUACAGGGUUUUCAGAAUCGUGUCAAGUCUCUUUUUGUUUAAACAUUUUGAGCAGAGUGUAUACAGUACGUCUUAAGUAAACGUAUCUUGGUGGUUGUCUUUCUCCAGAGUGGAGGUGGUGGUGGGGACAGUAAGAAGAAUGUCGUGGAGCUGACCGACGACAACUUUGACCGGCUGGUUCUGGACAGUGGUGAAGUGUGGCUGGUGGAGUUCUUUGCCCCCUGGUGUGGCCACUGCAAGAGCCUGGAGCCUGAGUGGGCGGCUGCAGCCUCGGCCGUCAAGGAGCAGACCAAGGACAAGGUCCACCUGGGAGCUGUGGACGCUACUGUUCACCAGGGUCUGGCCAGCCGCUACGGGGUGAGCAGGAAACACCCACCAGUCAGAUACUAUCAGUGUAGCAUCGCCACAGAUGUCUGUCUGCCUGCACACAACAUCAGAACGUUCAGAUAGAAAUAUAUCAUGUAGAACAAACAGUCCUCUCUGAUAUAUAGAAAUAAAGGAAUCGCGUCUGCUCUAUUCAGGACAUUUCUAUCGGCAACGUCCCACAACGUGUGCCUACCGAGCAUGGCCCAGGACUGAGGUUUGUCCCGUUUCUCUUUCCGUAUCUGCAGGUCCGUGGAUUCCCCACUAUUAAGAUCUUCAAGAAGGGGGAGGAGCCUGAGGACUACCAGGGGGGGAGGACCCGAGGUGACAUCAUCGCCCGCGCUCUGGACCUGUUCUCCGACAACGCCGCUCCUCCGGAACUGCUCGAGGUGUGUGUGUGUCAGUGUCUGGGUGUGUGUGUUUGAGAGCAUAAAAACAAUAUGAUUGUAACCCACAAGGUUCCAAUAUAUUGUUUUAAUGCUCUCCCUCAAAGUUAAUCAUAAUAACAAAUAUAUUUGAACUAGAAGAUAAUAUUCCUUUGAAGUUUAGUGUUUCUCUUCAGACAGACUGUUAGAUUCUGAAUGGUGUGUGUGACUCUCUCAGAUCCUUAACCCAGAUGUCCUGAAGAAGACCUGUGAUGACAACCAGCUCUGUGUCAUCGCUGUGCUGCCACACAUCCUGGACACAGGUUAGAUGGAACUACUCUAUGCCAGUUUGGACCUUUACUAUGGCAGUUUGGAUCAGUUCUGACCAGUUUACUACACCAGUUUGGACCCGUUCUGACCAGUUUACUAUGGCACUUUGGACCAGUUCCGACCAGUUUACUAUGCUAGUUCUGACCAGUUUACUCUGCUAACUAAUUUAUGCUUAUAUUCUCAGGCUAUUUGAUAUGGUAUUUAGUCGUUGUACCUCAUGACGGCGCAUUGAUCGGCCAUUUUGGAUCUGUACAAGACUGACCAGUCCCUUUCCUUCCUCUUGCCUUGUUCCAGGUGCAGCAGGCAGGAACAGCUACCUGGAGGUGAUGAUGAAGAUGGCAGAGAAGUACAAGAAGAAGACGUGGGGGUCAGUAUAUAGAAAGAGGCUGUGUUUGAGCGCAUCACCGACUGAGCACACUGACUGAUUUUACAAAUGAUUGUAUCCUAAAGAAGUACUCAAAGGAUUUGUAGAUUAGUCAGUGCUGUCGAUUUUUCAAACUGUCUGACUGAAUGAUUUUGAUCUCGGACUGCGGCUAGAUCAACUCAACCCAAUAGAACUUAUUAGUUUAAUUUGAUUAGCACUAAGUAAUCUCUCUUUCUCUCUCUCUAUCUCUCUUUAUCUCUAUCUAUCUAGCUGGCUGUGGACUGAGGCUGGUGCUCAGAUGGAGCUGGAGGCGUCGCUGGGCAUCGGAGGGUUCGGCUACCCUGCCAUGGCAGCCAUCAACGCCCGCAAGAUGAAGUUCGCCCUGCUCAAGGGUUCAUUCAGCGAGACCGGCAUUCACGAGUUCCUCAGGUAGGGGGCGCUGUCUACUCAUUUAGUGCUUUACACAGUAUAGAGUAGACCAUGGAUGCGUCCGAAUUGCACCCUAUUCACUAUGGGCUCUGGUCAAAAGUAGUGCAUUAUAAAGGGAAUAGGGUGCCAUUUGGGACGCUAUCCAUACCCAACUCUCUUCCUGGAGAGAUACUGGAUCUGAAGGCUUUUGCUCCUAGCUGAUUUAAGGUCCUUGUGAACAGCCAAUCAGUAUACAGUAUGUCCACAGUAGCAUUCUGAGGUGUAUCUUCUUUCUCUCUCUCCCUCUCUCGCCCAGGGAUCUGUCUGUAGGCCGCGGCUCCACUGCUACCGUUGGGGGCGGGGCUUUGCCUAAGAUCAACUCAGUUGAGGCCUGGGACGGCAAAGAUGGAGAGGUAAGUGGGAGUGGUCACAGGGUGGAUGGGAUGCGGACAUCCUCCUACCAUAAUACAGUUUUGGCUGAACGAGGUGACUUGAGCUUCUUUUGAAAUGGUGAAGAAUGGCUUUAGACAAGUCUUGCCUGGGGCCUGUUCAGGAGUAUGUAACGUUACAAAACAUCACCAAACGUCCAGAUAUAAAUGUAUAGUGUAGAACAGAUAUGAUAUGUCAGGGAGAAUAGUUUUGACUCACUGAAUACAUCACAGGGCAGUAUUGACUAGAAACCAAACGGACUGAAACGGCAUUAUCUGAUAUUGUCCAAUAAGAAAUUAUUGUAUUCAUUGAAAAAACGUUUUUCUGUUGCAAAAUGUUUUGCUAUAGUUUGCAACGGUGUGCGCUAAUGACCACGACCCAUGUUUUGUAUUGUCUGGCCAGUCCUUACCUCUCUCUCCUCUUUCAUCCCCAGCUUCCCGUGGAGGAUGACUACGACCUGAGUGACGUGGAUCUGGAUGACGACACUGGGAGGGAAGAGUUGUGAGCCCAGCUUUCCGGGAGGGCCGAUCCAGACGGAUCCGGUUGGACGGCAUCUUGUCUGUCUGGUCUAACUUGGCGCUACCCUUCUCUCCUCUCCCAUGGAACAAGGUGUAGAUUGGGUCGCCCUGUUACUGAAGUACCCCAGAAGAAAUUAAGAGCAUGGCCCUGUUUGAAUAAUUCAGAAAAGUAUCCUUCCUCCUUUGUUACCUUGAUAGAGCACAUAUCUAUAGGUGAUUGGAGAGGUGAAAGCAAGGUUACCAGCCAAUUUUAGCAAUCAAACCAAUUCAGAUCUGUGAUUAUUUAAAGGAAGGGAGGAAGGUAGGUAGAAGUGAAGGAAAGAGAUACAUUUCGGAAGUAUUUGAAC